AGCUGCUUCAAUCAUUAAGACGGUAAUGAUGGGCACAAUGCCCAGAACCAUAGACGUUACUUGUAGGUCCGUUGUCAAAUCAAAAGAUCACAAAUUAAUUCUUUUCUAGGGGCACUUGCCCCCUUCACUCUCUGGAUCAAGAUCGAAAGUUACAGCAUCCUCAUAGCAUCAUGUGCGCCUGUUGUCGCAUGUUCUUCAACUUCGAAGCCGAUGAACCACAAGAAGAUCCAUUAUCCCCCACCACUUUCUCUCCACACUCAAUAUUAUUAGGGCGGCUUGAGCAGAGUGCUCGAAACUCGGGGUUUGAUAGAAUAGAAAGCAUUGAGACUUUUCACGGGGGAUCCGAGGGGAGGUCAAUGAAGAGCGAGACAGAACAGGGGGUCCAAAAUGGGGGUGUUACGCAUGACAGUGAAGGGUCUAAGAAGCCAUUUGGGGUGAUAGAAGUGGCGAGAAAUUCGCUACUUGGGUUGCGUACGGAUAGUCGCGGUUGAUUUGGACACCAACAGUAAUCAAUUUUGUUUUGAAGGGCGUGCUU